AUGAGAUGUUCGGAGAGUGACGCUGAAUUUGAAGAUGCGGUCGAAAGUCUGGAUGUUUUUCCAGGAGCGUCAUAUAAUGUAAGACGUUUUUUCUUUAAAAUAUGUGUUUAGAAGUGCGUAUGUGUUUUUUUAAUGUAAUUUGGAGUUUUAAAAAGAAUGGUCUACAAUUAUAUAAAAAUUAACCAAGUUGAGAGUUUAAACAAACGUUCGAAAACUUAUAUUAUACUUGUUCAGACGGAACCCGCGAACAAUGGCAACAGAAGAAGCCGGCUGGCCAACCUGAGGUCACGGAUGAGGUCGGAGUUUGGGAUGGCUUCUUCGAACUUUGGUGGGAGUCAAACAUCAUUUGACAACGCUUCUCAAUCAGAUUGUACUUCAAUCGCUUCUUGGGGAUGCAAACUGUUGAACGAAACUGCUCUAACGGCACCAGUUGAUGUAGCACCAGUCGACUCUAUAAGUACCAGAGCUCCUCAAACUCACGAACAAUACCAAUGGUCUCCGCCUCCAUCUCAUCCUCCACCACCGCCACCUUCAUUACCUACGUCAGGACAUCAAGGGCGACCUUUACCUCCACCUAUACCACCUCGACCUUCACCACCGCCUAACGGUACGGUGGUUGAAGCUACGAUUUUUAAUACACCUGAUUCUGCAAUGUAAGUUUAAAAAUUAAAAAAAAUGUUUUUUGAAUUGGGUAAGAUAGCCUAAUAUGUACUGAAACAUUCUGCACUCUUUCACUGUUGUGGUUAUAAUUUUUGCCCUUACAAGCCUAGAUGAUAAUUUUAAGACUGCUAAUAAUGUUGUUGUCACUUCAGAUUGAACGAAAGCGUAAAACGAGGUCAUUCAAAAAGCAAAUCAUUGGAUAGAGGAAUGUGUUUGGGUGACAAAAUGCCUACGACAACAUCAAAGUCAUUAUCAUUAAAUCGAGGAGUCUCUGGAAAGAUUGCCAAUCGAAUUUGUGAAGAAGAACAAAGAAUCAACAACGCUCAAGGUGUCAUACAUCAACUGACGUUGUCUGUUUUGUCAUCUUCAAAGAAUUCUAUGAAUGGCACUAAUAACAAUACGGUAUGUUUUAAGAAAAUAGCACUGUAAUAUACAAUAAGUGUUGAAUUUCAAAAAGCUAUUUUAAAAUUGCAUUUUUAAUAAAGAGUUUGAUGUUUUAGCUGACAGAUGUUGACGCUUCUUUCAAAGAACCUCUGGAGACGAUUCCCGAACCCUCCUCAGCUCCAGUAUACUUCAGGUCCAAGAAUAACUCUUGUUCAGCCGUCGAAGAUCGAUCUGACAUAUCUUUCAGUCCAAAUUCUUCAAAUAUUUUAAACGAAACCUUUGAAUCGAAUGGCAGUAGAACUCAGAAACCACCAUCUUCUCACAAACGGUACUCUUCUUGUGUUACAGUACCUACAGAUCACAAAGGACACGACUUCAAACCGUCCAAGUCAGUAUCAGAAUUGCAUCCGAAGAAAGAACUCACUCAUAUGGUAUCUAUUGAUCCCAUAACACGAGAUGUAGAGAGGAGAAUGUCUAUGAAGGAUCAUUCCACUAUGUCAUCAUCAAAGUAUGAUAAUUGUAAUUUUUUGUAGAAGACAGUAUAUAAUAAUUUUGAAGCGGUUAUAUUAUGAUUUUUACAGUAGUGGUGAAGGGUCAAGAGAAGAGAGUAUGGUAUCUUUGCAUUCUGGCGUGGGUUACGCAAGGAGUUUGGUCAAGAACUAUGGUAAUAUGGCGCAAGUUUUCAUCAGGGGAGCUUAUCAGAAAGCCAAGGGAAUUGUAACUACAAAGUGAGCCAUCUUACAAUAGCAUUGGACUGUACGGCCUAUGUAUAAAUUUUUUUUGUGUUAUUAUUACUUUAGUUUCAAUUACACGGUUUUAGACCUCGAUGUACAAUAGUAGAGCGUGAAGAAGACGAGAUAUCGGAAAGUGACGCAGCCUCAUCUUCAGUAUCGAUCAGUACAAGUGAGAACAACUUCAGAACAGGCAAUAAGUUAGAGGGUCCUCCGAUCAUUUGUCGCCCAAGAAGUGUAAAAAAGGGACCAUUUGACUUCUCACAACUACGAGCAGUUCAAGAACUCAAUAAUGAACAUACCGGAGCAGUUUGGUCACUUAAGUUUAGGUAAGAUACAUGUUUUUAAAAGAUUGUCUAGAAUAUUGCCAAAUAUGGUAAUUAUUGUGAUAUCAUGAUAAGACAACAGUUAAUAAAUUAACUUUAGUAUGUGUGGAAGACUAUUAGCGACAGCCGGCAGAGACAGUUUGGUCAGAAUAUGGGUAUUAAGUAAACAUUUACAUUACUUUACACGGAUGAGAGAAAAGUACAAUCAAGGGAACAUUGACAGCGAUUUCGAGAAAAUUCAUCUUCAAAUGGACAAAGUGACUGUAAGUUUUCUACUUUAAAAAUGUUUUGUAUACUUAUCAAUGGUUCUUAAGCUUGCAAACUAAUGAAAAACUUUAUGUUUAGCCAAAAUUAUUUUUGCUUAACACUUAAAAUUUAAAAAAAUCGUAUUACAAGGACAAAAUAUUUUUAGAUCUAUUUGAAUAGUAUUAUACAUUAUUUACAAAAAAAAUAUUGGAGAGUAAAAUAAAAAAGACGAAAAAGAGCGCGCUUCGAUCUUUGGUUUUGAUUUCUCGACUGAAGAGAAAUAAUAAAAAGACAAAACCGGGUAUCACUUUUUCAAGCUAUUUUUUACUUUCGGGGGUGUUAAUAAUGAUCUUUAAAUUUUAAAAAAUAUUUUGGUUGGAUUAUUUUACUUAUAUCGACAAUAUUUUUUUUAUUUUUAGAAGAAUUAUCAGAUAGAUGACGACGACAGCUCGCUCAGUUCAAGAAAGUCGCCGUUGGACUCAUCGGCUUCGGCCAAAUCAGUAUCAACCCAAGCCAGUUCUGGUACUCCAGUCUUUGCACCGAAACCAUUUUGUAUAUACAGAGGUCAUAUGGCUGACAUACUCGACUUAGCAUGGUCGCCUAGAAAUUACUUUUUACUAUCGUCGAGUAUGGAUAAUACCGUCAAGUUGUGGCAUCUGACAAGGUCGGAAUGUUUGUGCUGUUUUCAACACACUGACUUUGUUACUUGCAUAUCUUUCAUGCCUAAGGUAAUGUUUAUUAAUUUGUUUUAUAUUUUGAAAAAAGCUUAAAGAACUCAAUGUUUUACUAUAUUAUAACAAUUUUUUGAUUUGUAUGAGGCUAAUGUAUUGUUUAGGAUGAUCGGUACUUCAUAUCUGGCUCAAUGGAUGGCAAGAUACGGUUAUGGCAUGUUCCUGAGAAGAAGGUAGCCUUGUGGAAUGAAGUUGAUCAAGUCAAGUUUAUUACCGCCAUCACUUUUAUCAGAAACAGAUUCGUUGUGGUAGGGACAUACGAUGGUAGAUGCUUCUUUUACACUACUGAUGUAAGUUCUUAUUCAUUUUUCUUGUUAUUUAGACUCAUGACGUUGGUUUAACUUACUAUAAUAUGUCGGUUUUAGCAACUGAAAUAUCACACAGUAAUAAACGUACGAUCUUCACGCGGUAAAAACUCUCGAGCUCAUAAAAUCACUUCACUUGCCGUUCACAACAACCAUCUUCUUGUUACCUCGAACGACUCUCGCAUCAGAAUGUACAGGAUUGACAACAUCGAGUUGGUGGCCAAGUUCAAAGGUGCUCAGAUCGAAGGUACUCAGAUCAGAGGAAGCUUCUCUCCUGAUGGCAAAUACGUCAUUUGUGGUACGUGAUAUACGAAUUUGAUAUUGGUUUUUAUGAUUUAUCACAGUAAGAUAGAGAUAUAGGUUUGAACAAUGAUAAUAUUGUAUUUCUAGGAUCUGGAGAUUGUUGUGCUUAUAUUUGGAGAGUGACAGACGUCUCAACUACGUACUCACUACAUAACAAUCUGUGGGAGCGAAUCAGGAUUCAUAACACGGUAGUUACUGCGGCAGUAUUUGCACCGAAGCCAGGAUUGAUAUUCCAAGUUUUGGGUGAUAACAAAACAUUGCUCAGUCCAGUCAAGUCGUCUAUUGGUUCUGGCAAAAAGUAGGUUCUUUGAUAAAUUUAAUGUACGGUCUAAAAGUGUAUUGAAGAAGACUGAUUUUGCCGUAAUUAGUUUGGUAUUUUUUCGUAUUUUAUGUAUUUUAAUACAAUAUUAACUUUUACCUUUUAGUUCCGGGUCAAACUCUCAAUCCAACAAGUCUUCAGAACUAUCUACACCUUCCUCUUUCAUCGCUUCAACCACUGCAAGAGCAGCCAGAGUCCUUAACGAGAUCCGAGGCCACAAAGCGAUCCAACCAGAGAAUCUGAACUCUGCCAGCCUUGAAGUGAUGGGUGACGUCGUCGUGACAGCCGAUCUGAACGGCUCCAUCAAGAUUAUGGUCAACCCACGGCAUCUAACUUACAAUUGA